CCUAGAAAUCGUUUGUAGGCUACUGUGUCAACUUAUCGGUUGCGACAACAGUAAACAACCGAACGAAUUUCCGAUAAUAGUUAGUUUAAACAUGAGGUCGAUUAUAGCGGAAUAGCGGACCUGUUUAUUUACCAGGUGAUAAAAUCGGAAAGUAACGGAUCCUUGUUUUGAUAGCACUCAUUAGAAGAGAGACUGAGAGCAGCCAUUAAAAUCUGCAAUUAUGAAUUCAUUUGAUCAUGACUCGUCCAUGGCUGGGCUUGUUCAUCUGGCCGCAUCUGCCUCAAGUUAAAGGGCUGGAAAAAUGAGUGCCGCCGGGCUCUCUGGAACAGGGCUUUCCCAAAAGCCUUGAUAUGAACUAUCAGAUGUUCCGCUGGCUCUGCCUGCUCAGCCUGAGUCUCUCUCUGUUGUUAUGGUUUGGACAUGUGAUUAUACGGGACAGUCCACCACCGCCGCCCGCAGUGCAAACCACCGGGCUCAGGGGCUACAUCAGGAUCACCCCCGGCAGGAUGGACCAGUUACUGUACAUGCACUGCAACCAGUGUGCCUUGGUCUCCAGCUCGGGUCAGAUGAUCGGAGCUGGCAUCGGCGAAGAGAUAGACAAAAUUGGAUGUGUGAUGCGGAUGAACAAUGCACCCACGCAGGGGUUUGAAACAGACGUAGGGAGCCGCACCAGUAUUCGGGUCGUAUCUCACACCAGUGUUCCCCUGUUGGUAAAAAACGAGCACUACUAUUUCCAGCAAUCAGCAGACACCACAUAUGUGUUCUGGGGUCCUGAUAGGAACAUGAGGCAGGACGGGAAAGGGCAUGUCUUCAAUACUCUCCUGAGAAUAGCCGAGAAGUAUCCAAAUGUCAGGAUCUACGCCGUGACCAGAGAGAAGAUUCAGUACUGUGAUGGUGUGUUUCAGAAUGAGACUGGAAAAAACAGAAUGAAGACCGGAGCGUUUCUCAGCACUGGAUUCUUCACAAUGAUUCUGGCUUUAGAUCUGUGUGACAGCAUCCAUGUUUACGGAAUGAUCGAUGAUAACUACUGCAGUCGAGCCAAUCACAGUGUCGUUCCUUACCAUUACUAUGAGAAGAACCGUAUCGAUGAGUGCCGGAUGUACAGAGUCCACGAGCACACACAGCGCGGAGGCCACCGCUUCAUCACUGAGAAGGCCAUCUACGGCAGAUGGGCAACACGGCACAAGAUGGAGUUUAAGCACCCCUCAUGGAGCCUCUGAAGAGUGUACUCCAGCUUUUAUUUGGAAUUUUACUUUUUUACCAACAGUUUUUUAAGGAGGAGAGAGUCCCAUUUCAUACAGGCCCAUAGUGGAUGAAAUAGUCUCCAGCCAUAACUAUGAAAUAAGGCUUUAGAUUUACCAGCGUUCAGCUGGUAACGGGUGGUCAAGUUCUACUCUCAGUAUUACUGAAUACUUAUUAUCUACAGCCAUAUAUCAGUGUAGAUAUUGAUAAAAAAAAAAACACUAAGCCACAAAACUAGACACUAAAAUCAGUUCAUACCAAAGCUUACAUUUUUAUUUCUGUAUACCUGUGCCUUGACUUUCCGUUUUAUUCUGCACAAUGUUUUAUUUUAUGCUGCUGUCAGGCCUGCAGCUACAAUACAUACUUCUACUCUAUGAAACAGGAAGUGUGUUGUUUAGGGCUGCAGCUAAAGACUUUUUUAAGAAUAAGAUACCAUGUGUUUCAAACAAUACAAUCUACGUUAAUUAUGUAUUUGAUAGUAUUUGAGAAAAAAACAGAUCUACGGUCAGAUUUUCAACCCGAGGCUGCACUGAUGAAUCAACUGGUCUUUAACAAGUUGCUCUUAUGGCAUUUGAACCAGCAUUAUCUGCAGGAUGCUUUUUUUAAAGAAGAAGAAAAAUUAUCCUAUUUUGUUUGCCUGAGACUAAUUUGUUUUGUUUCGCCAUGGUAUUGAAAGAGACAUCAAGUAUGGUUUAAAUUGAAAUAUUCUGGUAUCAUGACAGCCUUAUUUUAGUAGUGAUUAAUCUGGCAUUUAUUUUCUCAAUUGAUAAAUCCUUUGGUCUUGAGAUUGUCAGUAAAUAAUAAAAAAAAUGAAAUGACCAUUGCUAUUUAACUGUUUUGUUCAACCAUUUGUUCAAAAGUUAUUGAAUUUACAAUAAUGACAGACCAAGAAAUUCAAAUUAAUCAACGACCAAAACAGUUGCUGAUUAACUUUCUGCCAACCAAUUUAAUUAACUGAUUAUUGACUAAUCGUUUCAGUUCUAAUAGUCUUGUUUGUAGAGUAGACCAACAGCAAAUGAACAAAUGAACACCCUGCAUCAUGCAGCUUCAGACUGAUUCUUCAUAAAAUACUCACUGUUAUUUUUCUAUGUUGUAAUAUAGAAGCUUUAAGUUGGGUGCUUGCCCUGACUGCAA